AUGGGCCUCGAGGGCACAGGUGGAAGGCCAACCCGCGCCCCGGAACGGCCUCUGGACUCCAUCAACAUCCUGGGGGCGGAGGUCGACUCCAAACUCAGCUUUGACCGCCACCUCGAGAACGUGGCGCGCAAGGUGUCCCUGAGAGUGACACUCCUGCGUCGAGUCCGCCACCUUCUCGACACUGAUGGACUCCUAAGGCUGUACAAGGCCCAGGUGAGGCCCAUCAUGGAGUACAGCCCCCUCACAGGGAUGGGUAGCGCCCAGUGCCACCUCUCCCUGUUGUACCGGGUGCAGAGGCGUGCCGAACGCCUCAUAUACGGUGCCAGUGACCAGGAGCAGCAGCAGCAGCAGCAGGGACGACAAAUGGGACACCGGCAAUGGCAACAGCAACAACAACAGCAGCACCACCGUCACCACCCGAGACAGGACGUCCCCGCCACCAGAUGA